AUGAACGCCGCCACCGCCGCGACCUGCCUGCUCGUCGCCGGCUUCAGCUGCUACCUCUACGGCGGCGGCGACGUGCUCUUAUCGCUGUUCCGCGUCUCUGUUGCAGACCCCUCCAUGCCCGAACCGGGAGCUGCUCCGCGGCGGAGCCCGCAGGGAGUCCCCUACACCGACCUGCAGCACAUCGUCAACGCCGACGGACUGCACCUGUUCUGCCGCUACUGGGAGCCCGCCGGCCCGCCAAGGGCUCUGGUGUUUGUUGUCCAUGGCGCCGGGGAGCAUUGCGGGCCGUACGAUGAGAUUGCGCAGAGGCUGAAGGAGCUGUCCCUGCUGGUGUUUGCACACGACCACGUCGGUCACGGUCAGAGUGAAGGAGACAGGAUGAACAUCAAAGACUUCCAGGUUUACAUCAGAGACUCCCUGCAGCACAUCGAUCUGAUGAAAUCCCGCCACCCCGACCUGCCUGUCUUCAUCGUGGGCCACUCGAUGGGCGGUGCCAUCUCCAUCCUGACGGCCUGUGAGAGACCCAGUGAUUUUGCAGGAGUGGUCCUGAUAGCGCCGAUGGUCCAGAUGAGCCCAGACUCGGCCACACCGUUUAAGAUUUUCCUGGCCAAGAUCCUGAACCACAUGCUGCCCAGCCUCACCCUGGGCUCCAUCGAUUCCAAAUGGAUUUCACGAGACAAGAAGCAGGUGGAGGCGUACGACACGGAUGAGCUGAACUUCCACGGCGGGGUGCGGGUGUCGUUCGGCAUGCAGAUGAUGGGGGCGGCGGCGCGAAUCGAGAGGGAGAUCCCAUCCAUCAGCUGGCCCUUCCUGCUCAUCCACGGAGAUGCCGACAAGCUCUGCGACAUCCGAGGCUCCAACAUGAUGUAUGAGAACGCCUCGAGCUCGGACAAGAAAAUCAAGGUCUACGAAGGAGGCUACCACGCUCUUCACCACGACCUCCCCGAGGUGGCCGAGUCCGUGCUGAAGGACGUGACCGGCUGGAUCACGGAGCGCCUCCCAGCUACCACGUCUCAGCAACAGCAAGGCUCGUAGAUCUGUACCUCGCACCACUCGGUCAGGAAGCUGUCCCACGAGGCCUGCGCACUUCUACUAAUGCUACUGCACUCUCCAGUCUGGGAGAUACGUUUGGGCAUCAUCUUCUCUUUACAAAAAGUUUAUCAACUUUAUCUUCUGGGUGAAUACUGUACAAAAAGACUACCCGCCCUCUCCUGUGUACCGACCAAUCAGACCGCUGGUUUAAAUUGUAGUUAUUGUAGAUACUCGGCAGCAGUGGUCAGUGUCUCCGGUGUGUAAAUUAAAAUCAGGGAUGCGCCUCAUCCUGCAGCUCGUGUAAAGUUGAAGUCACAAUAUGCUAGAGUUCAAAGUGCAAUAAUGACGUUUUUAUGUCCUCGCUCAUACAAACAGCUCAGAUCCCUUAAGUACUAAUGACAGAAGUAAUAUAAUACAAGGAGCAUUUCCUUCUUGCUCCUCAGCCAUUCACAGGAAGGUCAGAGGUCAGGAACUGCCACAGAGCAGCCCCCUCUGGAGCUGCUGGGUGAAUCUUAAUGUUUAGCUAAGCUCCUCUCCUCUGCCUCUCCUGCCUCCUCCUCCUCCUCCUCCUUGAUUGCACUGUUUUACAAAUACCACUGUUUUUUUGAUGCAGGCAGCUCUUAUAGAGUCUCUCAGAAGCUCUGUGCAUACAGCAGAUCCUCCUGACUUCCUCCGUGCAUCUCUUUUGUUUGGUCUGACAGAUGGUUGGCCUGAAGACAGAUGGUUGGCACCGAUACACUAUGUGAACAUGAUCGCAGUCCGUCUAAAUCCAGCCUGAGGUCUAGUUUCAGAUCUAGUCCUAACAAUAAUUAUUGUUUAGAAGUAAACUGUGCAACGGCGAAAUAUUUUUAGGUAAUAUUUAAUACAGGGUUUAUUGAUUUUCUGCGAGAACUUCUGAACCGCCUGCAUUUAUUUUAACCUCUAGACACAAUAACUUUCCCUACGAGUGCUGUAGCCAGGUUUAGAGUGUAGAGUAAGAGGCAGAUUAAUCAGGUGACGCCGCUCUGACUCUCUGCAGGUGGGAAGUAGAGUGAAAGGUCAGGCGGUGACCUUUGACAUUUAAGGCUACAGUUGACUUCGCUGUUGGCGUUUGGAGCCACACAUUCGUAAAGACUGCAAACUACAGAGCGAGAAGGAAACAUUGCUGUCACUGUGGACAAAAGAGCAAAUCAUCACUUAGCAUGUGCUUUUUUACCCUAUGCUUGUCUGCUAUGUGUUCAAAGUAAACACAGCCUGCAUUUCAGCCGAAAAGUCCCAGAAUUUUUGCGAGCUGAGUCACUAAUUGCUUCUCUGUUGCACUCAGAGGCGCAGAAUUGUUUUUUUUUUUAAAUAGAAUUGGGUUAAAUCAAAUGAUUUUUGGGUGGAUUUUCAAAACAGGCAUAUAGAAUAAAGAGAUUUUGAUGAAAUAUCACAAUUUUGAGCUUAGAUUUGCUUUAUUUUCCAGAAGUCACAUAUUAUCAGUUCAAGAAUCAUCACUAAGUUUAAAACCUCACAAAUUCUUUCUGUUUUUACAGUUUGUAGCUCUAAAUGGUGGCGCCAUUUUAGCUUCUUUUUUCUUUUUUUUUUAAUUUUAUAAAUGUAACAUGAUUUUAAAACCGAUUUUGAGGCACAUUUAGGUCAAUAUGCUUCUAAAUAAUCAGUGAUUUUGUAUUUCUCUAUCAUAGUAUUUUUCCUGGCAGGUGCAGAAAGCUUUGAAACAGAAGCUACACCCUCAUUUUGGGUAAUUAUAAUUAUUGAAGAUAUAAAAAGUAGACAGGCACUGAUAGUUUUGUAAUCUUCUAAAUCCCACCUGCAGAAGGCUCGCACCUUGAUUAUUUUUUUAAUGCUCUGAAAUUAUGAACCUUCUCAAAGUACUGAAGUCAGAUCUGGCUUCAAACAGCCGAACCACAGCAAUAAUGUCACGUUACGUCCUCGGUAGCUCGUUAAUUAUAAGCUAGACGGGCAAACCCUGGUCUCACCGCUUUAUAUCGUCAGGUAGACUGCAAUUAGCCCUCUAGCUAAGCAUCCUCCACCUAUUGAAGCCUGAGACGGUUUCAGCAGGUCAAGAUUUUCACAUUUGCGCCACCUUUAGUGUCAAACAUAAAAAAAGGAUCAUUGCAUAAUUGUUGAAUCUGGAGCCAAACAGCAGACGUUCUUACGACUGUUUGGCUUCAUGCACGUCCUGUAGAAGAUACAUGCAGCUCUCGGAUAGAGAUUCAACUGUGUCACCGCGGCGGCUUCUUCUUUUUUUUCUCUCUCUCGCUCUCUUUAUCACUCAGAGUUCAAAGAGACUCAUGCAGAGAGUGUCAGGGAAGCUCAGUGUGGUAUCCACGGUGACCGUUACUCAUGUGUAACCACGGCAGCAGUCUGACAGCGGGGUAGAAUUUUUUUUAUUUUUUUUAAUUCCAUUUUACAUGUGUUGUCACCAGGGUGAACAUCACAAGGCCCGAUAGAAUGAGACGAACGCCUGGCCUCGUGCCUUCUGCUCUGUCCGUCUGUCUUCAUAACUUCUCUCCCUGCUCGUCUCAUCCCCGUGUCACCCAGUUUCACCACUUUCUGGGGAUUUGGGGUGUUUUGUUUUUUCAGCUGUGUGUGGCCAGUGUGCUUUGUUCCGUCCUUCACACAGGCCCUUGUUUGACUGCACAUUCAGGCGUGUUGCGCUGUCCCUAGUGGUGAGUUAUUAGAACAGCAGGUUACAUGAUAUAGUGCCAGAAUGUAACUUGGAUCUGGAUUAGAGCUACUUAUUGGUCCGUCACUGAGUCUACUGAGCUCACUGCUGUUUCUUUUUGACAGAGAGUGACUGAAAAUUGUUCACCUUCAGGUUCUGAUGUGUUUUUGUUUUUAUAGUCUUGAUGUUUCCAGAUUGACUUUAGUCAGUUUCAUUUGGAAAAUCACAAUAAUUCAUUGUGAUCAGCAGGAAAAGGACACACAGUUCAGAGCACUUUGCAUAAUUUAUCAUUUAUAUUAGCUCUCUGGAACCCAGGCUGUUGGUUUCAGGACGUUUUAUUUGCUCCGGUCACAUUUUGACUCACUGUGGGCUCAUUUUUCACUGCAGUAGAACCUCUGUGGAAACAGCACAGUGAUGACUAGAAGUAAAAGGAGCUCUUUCAUCCAGUAUGAUAGAGUUUAACUGACAUAAAAAUAAAAUUGUCACAUUUCUUUGAUUACGUAUUCAUCCACCUAUUGAAGCCUGAGACAGUUUCAGCAGGUCAAGAUUUUCGCAUUUGCACCACCUUUAGGGUCAAACAUAAAAAAGGAUCAAGCAUUUGCAUAAUUGUUGAAUCUGGAGCCAAACAGCAGACGUUCUUACGACUGUUUGGCUUCAUGCACGACCUGUAAAGGAUACAUGCAGCGUACAUGCAGCUACUAUUACGUAUUUUGCAAAAAUGGAAAAACCCUCCCCUGUACAUUUGCCCACAGGUGUUGCUCCACAUAUUAUUGAUAUUUUACUAUUUAUAUUUUUUCAUUUCUUCCAUACGUGUCUCCUUUCAGCUCUGUGUAAACACAGCCUGCAGUUCCACCAGAAACUCCUUGAAUUCUUGUCUGGUGCUUGUUGGUCACAGCUGAGUCCCAAACAGAGUUUUUUGGGUUUUACUGAAUCGACAAAUGAUUUCUUUCCGACAGGUUUUUGAAUGAGACAGUUACGACUUUCAGCUUAGAUUUGGUGGAGUUUCUCAAUAGAGCCACACUGGGUUGAGAAAUUAUAUUUGUUAAAGCUGAAAAUCCAACUAUUCCUUCUGGUUUCUGGCUCUAAGUGGUGUGAUGUUAUUGCUUUUACAAAAUGCCUUUCAAACCUGUCGGCAGGUUUUGGGUUUCAGAUGGUUAAACACACAAAAAGGGAGACAGAGUAGUUUCAAAGCAAACAAAUAAAGCGAGAGAAUAAAUAGAGGGAACUUCAGGAUGUUAGCGCAUCCUCUUCUGUAUUUUCAAAAUGUUUCAGCAGAGCAAAUAUUAGCGUUCACGGCCAUGAGUGCUGACACAGAUGGGGAUGUAAUGUAUUCAUCAGUCCCAGUGGGAGUCAGACCCUUAACCUCAUCCAGAACUACAGGGGUUUUUGUCACAAGCACUUCAAACACAAUCUCCUCCUGAUUAGGCUGCGGCGGGCGCGGCGCACAUAAAGGCUACACAGUCCCAGUUGUAUUCAAACCGUAAUAGCUCUCCUGCCGCACCGCGUCGGCACAAUGGCUUCAGCCUCGCAGGAUUCUCCCCGACGCUCAAAUUCAAAAGCUCUACCUGUCAGACUGCAUGAGUGCAUAUUACUGUCAUUAGCUAUAGGGGUGGAGAGAGGUGGAGAUGCAGCGAGAGGAAAAAGAGAAGCUGUCAGUAACCAUGGCAGCACUUUUUUUUUCUUUUUUUUUUUAAUUUUUCAGUGAAAUCACCCAGAGAAAAAAAUGUGUAUUCAUGAAUGCUACAGGAAGUACGCCAGACGUUUUCCUCGCUUUCAUGGCCGGUUGUCCAUUUGCUGCUGCUCGGAGGAUUCCCUUUUGUGUGAGAGACUGAGAUAAGAGCAAAUAAUUAGCAUCUUCACACAGCAGUGAAUAACAGGAGCUGCACACACUCCAUUCAGAACUGUCUGGUUUGCUGUGUGCAUUAAAAACGUGCUGUUUCCAUCCGAGCAAAGAGGCAGAAUAUUCCUCUUUUUCUUGUGAAAAUGGCUGAAAACCUGUGUACUUUUGCCCACAUCCAUUCCAUGUUGCGAUUUAGAAGUAGUGGAUGAAGUUCUUUGAGUGAAAUGAAAGAGGACUUCACCACUUUUUGUUGCUAGAUGUCAUUCCUACUCACCUUCACGGUGUGCAAUCCCUUUUCCACUGGCAUGUAUUGUUAUAAAGCACCAACUGUGUGCAGGUUUGCCAUAGUGAGAGAUAGCCAUGUACAAAAACCUCGCUCUGUUAGUAUCUAAUAAUCCACUCGACUGUUAAUAUCCUAAAAUAACAAGCAGGAAUCUGUUGAAUCAAAUUGCCACUUUUGUGAAAGAAAACUUGAUUGGCCUGCUGGUUUGUCAAUGGAGCUGUUUUGUUUUUGUUGUUUUGCUUCUUUUUAAUCUUGACUUUAUGACUGUUUCUAAGGAAAGAACUGUUAUCCGAUGGCGUCGAAGGGGGCACAGGCCAGUCUUUCUGUACUUUUAUGAGAUUAAAAUGCACUGGAAAGUGUCCAGAGUCAGCAAGAAUUGAAGAGGUCUUCUCCAAAAUGCUGUAAGUGCAGGAAAACAUACAUUAAGUUCGUCGUUAUAUCUUCAAAUUACAAAGUUCAACCAAUUCCCCUGAAGUUUUAAAGGCUUCAUUUUCAAAUGAUUAAUAUUGCAUUUUGGAACAAAACCCCGAUUCAAAUCUUGCUGUUUUUGAGCAGCAGUGUUGACUGAUUAGAUGUUAAUCUGGUGGCCACACUGCUGGAUUGCUGAAUAUAAUUGUAAAACACUGUAUAAUAACAUAAUAGCAUCGCUAACAAUUCUUGUCAGAAAUACAGAAUCAAGACUUGCAUUUUAUUUGACAUAUCUUUUAUUUAUCUUCUCUGGAGUAUUUAUAGAGAUUAAUUUUAUGUAGAGGCACCUAUAUAUUGAUUACACAUCAUGACAAAGGCACUUUUUAUACAAUAACCCCAUGAUGUGAGGUUUCAUGACACUUUCUAAGAUGGAAACUGGUUCCAGGUUGUUGUUUUUUUUAAUCAGAAAAACAAUGUUUCCGGUAAGAUUUUGCAUCGAGAGAUUUUUACUGUUGUGUGUUGACGUCUCAUUAUGAAAGCUCGUUGUGGUUUGUUGCAGAACUUAAAACAUCAGAUUCUAAAUUUUGUUUUCAGGAAUUUGCCGUCACUUUAAUGACGACGGAUCUCUUCUUAAAUAACAUAAGAUUCAGUAAUAAUGACUGAGAGACUUCAUGUAACUCCCUUCAUUCAUAAAACCUCUUGUUAUGCCGCAGAUCAAAUUUUUAAGGACUAAUUUGCAGGUAUCAGGUUUUCUCUAUGAAACAAAAAGUCUCUGAAUCGUUUUAAAAAAUACUGAUGUGUUGUACGUUUAUUCCUUCAUUGUGCUCUGGUGUUGUUUGUGCCUUAUUACUGUGUACCUGAGCCUUUGUGCUCCUGUGUGAGUCCACGAGUGUGUUCGGAAGUACGGAGAGCUGAUCUGUUUAUCUGUUACUUUGGUUCUCUGGCUGUCUGUUGUCACAUCUGUUUCUGGUUCAGUAAUUGCACCGGUCUGCUCGUCUUCCUCCUGUCUGUCUCUUUCCAUUUGUCUGUCUGAAGUCCUGUCCAAUCAGGGGUCUUGGCACAUUUAGCUAAAAAAAAACAGUUUCUGAAUGUUGAGCUCCGGCUCAUAAAUACCUCCCAGCUCAUUUAAACACCUGUUUGUUGUGUUUGAGACGUACAGAGAAACACAACACUAAAGACUUUUAGCCUUCUCUGGUCGCUGUAGUGGCAAAAUGACUGUACAGGGUGUUGAAAUCAUCUGUUAGCUCCCGCUGGCUCCCAGCAAGAAACAGGAGGCUCAGGUCAUCACAUAGGAUUUGUAAAACAACCAGAACCAGAUGUGGUUCUGUCUGCAUUGUUUCAGACUUUCUGUGUCGCCGCAGAAAUGUUCAAUAAACCUCUACAGCACGCUAUAAAUUCAGAUUCAAGGUGGAGACUAUAGAAAAACUACACCCAACAGCUGAAAUAUUCAUAUUGCGUGUCUUUGGCAGAUAAAACUUCACAAAGGUUUAUGUCAUUAUUUGUUAUAAUGUUCAUGAAUAUGUCUUGUCACAGUUACUGGUUUAAGGUUUAUGUCUUCAUCGUCUGAGGACAUUUCGAAAUGUGUUUCCAGGAAACUCAGCAAAGUGAUGUGAAACCUACAAAAGAUAAAGUGUGAAUUGUUGUCAGUAAAAGUGACGGAGUGAAGAACAAACCCUAUAACGUGAUGACACACAGCAUCAAACCAGACCGAUGUGGAGCUGAUGACCCACAAAAGUUUAUUUUGCAGCAUCACAUUCUUGAGUCUUCCUUGUAAAGUUCUGUGUGAUUUUAACAGUUUACUAACGACUGGAUGACGUUGUAUUUGAACAGUCCAGCGCCGGUGUUCAUCUAACAAGUCACGAUUUUAGUCUGCAACAGAAUUUAACUCAAAUUCAGAUAUGAAACCUUUUCACUGAUGCGUCAUCGUCCCCGUAAAGGUUGAGUACCAGCAUUUGACAAUUCACUUAACGUGUGACACAAUGUUGUAAAUAAUAUGUACAUAAGAUGUAAUAAUGGAAUUCUGAAUUGCUGAAUGUCAAAUUACUUGUUACUAGACUGUUCAUAAUGUCCAUACUCUCUUACAGAAUAAACUACAUGAAUGUUUAA